AUUUCGAAAUUAUUGCCUCUGUUUACAUUUGCAAAAAUUUAAAAUCAUAAAUCAGACUACAGUGAUCAUACCACGGUGGAAACAUUGUGUUAGACCUAGCUGUUUCGGUCAGAUGCUGUUUUUAUUUGCUUCAACGGCAACAUACACACAUUCAUUCAAUUGAAAACACAGGUUUCAUUGAAAAGAACGCAUAGAAGAGCAGUGUGGAAGUAGUUAAAUCACUUCGUAAUCAGCCUUAAGCAGCUUCUUCAGAGAGAGAUGAAGCAAUCAUCGAAAAUAAUAACAGAAUCAAAUCAAAGCGAAAUUCAAUUUCAGCAUUUAAAGAAAUGUGUACAUCAGUUAUUGGAAGCUAGUGUUGAACAAGAAAGACUUAUGUGUGCACUGAAUGAAAGUUUGGAAGCGUCUAUCAAAGAAAACGGAAAUUAUAAAUUAUUUUUUGAGCGCAUCAGUUCAGCUAUGCAAAAAUUUACUAACAAUAAUAAUUUAUCAGAGCCAAUAGAAUUCAAAAUUCAGGAUAUUGAAUAUGUACAUAUUCGUUUUUACGAAUUUUUAAAAACAUUAGAAGAGAAAGACUAUUCACAAAAUAUGGAAAUCAGAAGAUUGAAAACCACAAUAAAUGUAAUCCAAAGUCAACAUGCAGCAGAAAUUUUUAGGAUUGAAGAAAAACACCAGUCAUCCGUUCAGAAACAAUGCGAACAAUUGCAAAAUCAAUUGAGUGAUGCUGUUGUACGUGCCGAACGCGCGAUGCUACAAGCAAAAUCUCUAGAUGCAGAGGUAGCCGUUGCUAAGUCCAAAUAUGAGAAAGAGAUAGCCGAAAAGAGUGAAAGAAUUCAGGAGUUGGAAAAAGAAUUGUCCGAUUUCAUAUCAAAACAGAAUAAUUCAAAUAUAAACUCUAAGAACGCAUUAGAAUCUGUAUUGAAUACAACACGAAAAGAACUGAUUAAGAUGAAAUGUGAGCGAGACUCAGCAAAUAGUGAAUUAUUAACAUUAAGUGCAAAACUUGAAGCGACAGAAACUUAUAUUGCAGAACUGGAUAACCUUUUAAAUAAACAGUUAACAAUGGAUCGAUCAACAAGAAAGCAAUUAAAUGAGACGAAUAAAGUUAAUAAGCAAUUACAAGGUUUUAUUAAAUCAAUUGAGUUGUCAAUGCGGAGACUAUACAAUAUGAUUGAUAGUGAAUUCAAUUUCAUCAGAAAUUGGAACUGGGGUCAAAUUUUUGAGGAACACAAUAUUGAAGAAUUUUUUGAGAACGUGAUGAAAAUUAUUAGUGAAUUAAAAAGGAAAUCAAUGAUGAAUAGGGAUAAUAGAUCACAAACAAAACGUCUGAAAUAUCAAAUAGAAGAACUGAAUUAUGAAUUGAAUAAAUUCAAAUCAACUUUCAAGAACAAUCAUUGUUCUAUUAGCAAAUACGAAAAGAUACUCGCUGUAAAAGUUAAUGAGUUAGAAGCAACCAUUUCAGAGAGGGAUUAUUAUCUACAGAUAAUCAAUGAACAGACUGAAGAACUAUCCACCGUUAAAGCUGAUUUUGAGCUUCAAAAAAGAGAGCUUAAAGAACAAAUAGACUUAUUAAAAGGACGCCAUUUCUGUUCAGGAAAGUGUUUAAAAUCACAACCAACUAGAACUGGUAUUAAUGAAAGCUGCACUAUUCGAUUCAGAGCAUACAGAAAACCAAUGUCAACAAAUAACACUAACAUUUCCCAAACAAAUAAACCAAACUCUGUCAAUCAGUCAAAUAUUAUUAGCGAGUUACAACAAAGGUUAGAAAGUUUAGAAAAGAAUAUGUACAAAGUAAGUGAAGAAAAAGAAAGUCUACGAACUCAAAAUCAACAGUUGACAGAUUUACUUCGAAGGUUAACGGAUCAAAAUCAUCGUCUAUCAAAGGAACUUGAUAAUUGUAUAGUAGAAUCAAUGCAAGUUAUUAAACUGCCAAGUUAUUCAUCUGGUAAAACAGUUGAUAAUGCAACACGAAUUCAACAUGACAAUCAUAAAAAUAAUCAAUAUCAUGAUCAUUAUCCCAAUGAACAAGUAGAAAUGAGAGAUGGUAAUGGUGAUCACAAUGUUUGUAAUGAAGAAAAAUUGCUAGGUGACAAUCAUGAUAUCAACAAUUUGAAUAAUGAAACAAUAAAUGAAAGGUUAUUUAACUGCAAUAACAAUGUAACUCCGCCUAAUCGGACACUUGAAAAUACUUCCCCGGUUCAAUCGAACACGAACAAUAAACUGGACUGCACUCAAGAACAAACUGAUACCACGCCAACGCAGCAGUCAGUCAGUGAUGAUGCUGUACUAUCAGAUGGGCAAUCCCAUGAUUCCGAUGAUUUAGUUUCAAAGGAAACCGAAAUAGACAAAAAUGAAAAUAACACUGAAGUCAAUGAUUUCGAGAAUCAACAGAGUAUUGCAUUCGAUACUAAAAUACCAAAUCAAUCCAAUUCUUCUACUCCUAAUAUUGAUGUGCAUAUAACAGCAGAUAAUUAUGAAACAUUCUUGAAUUUCAGCUAUCAAAAUGCCAAAGAUGAUGAUACUCCAAAACAUGAAACUCAGCAUGAAAAGCAUAUAAAUAUUGAAAAUGCUGACUUAAAAAACACUGCAGCAGAAGUAACCGGCCACAAUGCUAAUUAAUGUGAAACGAAGUAUCCAUCGAAUAUCAGAAACAUGAAAAAUCACUGUAAAUUUAUUGGGAUAAUGAAAUUACAAAUUAUUCAGUUAAUCAUUUACAAGGAACUCCAUUUUUUGAAUUUGAACGUUGCUUUGCGAAUCAACAGUCAGUGAUCUGUCCAAAUAUGUUAGAAUAUUACUCCUGUUUAUCGAUUAUAAAUAACCGAACAAUUCUUGUUUGAAUAACUAGUGGUGAUAUGUGUUUAGGAAUUAAUGCACAUUUACAUAUCUAACUAUAUAUAGAGCAUUUGUCCGCCGACUGUUUUAUUUUGAAUUUUGACUGAGUAAGAGGAAAUGUACCUGCACCAACCUCGACAUAUAUUCUUCAGCGCUUACUAACUUCACUAAAAUGUUUAUCUCCGAAUUUCUACUCACUAUACAUUUUGCAUAUAAUUCUGCCGGCUUCACAAGUAAUCACCGACAAAAUGAACAUUACUGAUGACAAUUUUACCGGAACACUAACAAUUGCAUCC